CUCUGUCUCUCUCUCUCUCUCUAGACUCUAGCCUGUGUUAUAUUAACAAACGGCAGCGCCAAACUCUCCCACUCUGCUCUCAGAUCCCUUUUCCCUCACUUUCCCACUCACAUUCCCGAAAAAUCACAUUUCCAUCCUCUGCGCCAAAUACAUGGCGUCCGAGUCGCAGAACUGGGUGCUGGUGGUGACCGCGCGCACGCCCACCAACAUCGCCGUCAUCAAGUACUGGGGAAAGAGAGACGAAAAGCUCAUCUUGCCCGUCAACGACAGCAUCAGCGUCACGCUCGAUCCCGAUCACCUCUGCACCACCACCACCGUCGCCGUCAGCCCCUCUUUUGAUCAAGAUCGGAUGUGGCUCAACGGGAAGGAGAUUUCCCUUUCAGGAGGCAGAUUCCAGAGCUGUCUGAGGGAAAUCCGCAGUCGUGCCAGUGAUGUUGAGGACAAGGAAAAGGGUAUCAAAAUUUCAAAGGAGGACUGGGAAAAAUUGCAUGUGCACAUUGCUUCAUACAACAAUUUCCCCACUGCUGCUGGAUUAGCUUCCUCUGCGGCUGGUUUUGCUUGCUUCGUUUUUUCCCUCGCAAAGUUGAUGAAUGUGAAUGAAGAUCAGAGCAAGCUUUCAGCUAUUGCAAGGCAAGGUUCAGGCAGUGCUUGUCGUAGCUUAUUUGGUGGAUUUGUCAAGUGGAUCAUGGGAAAAGACAAGAAUGGAAGUGACAGUCUUGCAGUUCAACUCGCAGAUGAGGAACACUGGGAUGAUCUUGUCAUUCUCGUUGCUGUGGUAAGCUCACGACAAAAGGAGACAAGUAGCACCUCAGGAAUGCGUGAAAGUGUUGAAACAAGUUUGCUUUUACAGCACAGGGCAAAGGAAGUGGUACCAAAACGUAUAUUGCAAAUGGAAGAAGCAAUAAAAAAUCGUGAUUUCGCUUCUUUUGCACAAUUGACUUGUGCAGACAGCAACCAGUUCCAUGCAGUUUGCCUAGACACAAGUCCCCCUAUAUUCUACAUGAACGACACAUCCCACAAGAUAAUCAGUAUUGUUGAAAAGUGGAAUCGUUCUGAAGGAACACCCCAGGUGGCGUAUACUUUUGAUGCGGGGCCAAAUGCAGUUUUGAUUGCACGAAACAGAAAAGUUGCUGCUCUUUUGCUUCAGAGGCUGCUUUUCUACUUUCCUCCCAACUCUGAUGCUGAUCUGAAUAGCUACAUUCAUGGUGAUAAGUCAAUUCUACAAGACGCUGGGCUCGCCGGAUUGAAGGAUGUUGAAGCUUUGCCGCCACCCCCAGAAAUUAAGGACAACAUUCCAUCUCAGAAAUACAGAGGGGAUGUUAGUUAUUUUAUCUGUACCAGACCAGGGAGAGGUCCAGUUUAUCUUUCAGAUGAAAGCCAAGCUCUUCUUAACCCUGAAACUGGGCUGCCUAAAUAAGUUAGGAAGAAUUAAUUUCACGUGUUUGAUCUACUGCUCAUCGAGCCAAGGCAAAUGUCACCAUGAGCGUAAAGUAGAUCAUUCGGAUGAUCUUUUUAUGAUUUACCCGACAAUGCUGUGAAACGAUCGUCUGCGGUUUAGGGAAACAGUUUGUUCUCCUUUUUCUCUUGUAUUGGUAACUUCUUUUUGUGCCUUUUCUGCUCUAAUUUUGGAUUUUGUACUAUUUAUCUGGAAAAACAGUGAAUAAGUUAAUUAUUGCUUCUUAAACUCAUCCAUGGUUUU